AUGCAGGUGAUUGCGCCGCUGCUGCGAGUGCUAGAUCGCAUGCACGAGCUGCACAUCAUGCAUCGAGACAUCAAACCCGAAAACAUUUUCAUAACCGCGGCCGGUCAAGUCAAACUGGGGGACUUUGGUCUGGCUAUCGACUGGACGAAAGAGCUGCCGUUUAGUCGCUCCGGAACCCUAGAUUAUAUGGCCCCUGGUGACAAGAACAUACGCCCGUACUCACCCGCCGUAGAUGUGUGGGCCGUCGGAUGCCUCGCUUACGAGCUAGUCUGUGGCAGACCGCCGUUUGAGGUGGAGGACGAGAAGCAAACCGCCAGCCUUAUCAUUUACUCAAACACAAUCCAUUUUGAAUCCACGGCAUCAGCGGCCUGGGCGGAUUUUGUCACCCAGGCGCUGCGCAAGGAUCCAAGAGUACGACCCACGGCAUCGACGUUGCUGAGCCAUGCGUGGAUUCGGAGCAACUUGGAGCGU